AAGUAGUAAUAAAUAAUAAUUAAACUUUAUGCCUGUGAUCAAAUUGUUUUUAAGGAUGUACAUUAUAUACAUUAUCAAAUCAUAUGGUUAGUACAGGGAAUGUUUAUACAAUGUUUAAAGCAUAUUAUAUAAUAUGCUUUUUUUAUUUAAAGACUGUAUAAAUUUUUGUAAAUAUCCAUAUCAAAAGUAAUAAAUUGGUUUCUUUCAUUCAAUGCAUCCAUCACAACGAGAUGUUGAAGUUGAUGAUGUGGAAGAAGAAGAUGAGUUUCCACCUGAUCCAUUUGAAGUACUUAAAAUUUCAGCUCAAACACUGGAAGGUGCAGCUUUUGGCGCUCGUUUACCAUCUGAUCAAAUGACCGCUCAAGAAACAUCUUGUUUUCAAGAUAUCAGUCAGGGUACUUUAUCAUUGCAAAAGAAGUUUCUUUAUAUCCGCAAUAGAAUUCUUCAACUUUGGUUAAGCAAUGUUAGAGAAGAAUUGGUCUGUGAAACAGUUAUUUCAAAUAUUGAGCCUCCUUAUAAUGAUGAUGUCAUACUAAUAAAAAGAGUACAUGCAUUUUUGAAUCGCUAUGGAUCAAUUAAUAUUGGUGUGUAUAAUGUUGUUAAUAAAAUAUUGCCAUUAAAAAAUGCACCUCGAAUAAUUGUGGUUGGUGCUGGAGUCUCAGGUCUUACUGCUGCUAGACAACUUCAAUCAUUUGGGUUUGAAGUUCUCUUGCUUGAAGGCAGAGAGCGCGUCGGAGGAAGAGUUGCCACUUAUCGAUCUGGUCAAUUCAUUGCUGACCUUGGUGCAAUGGUUGUAACAGGACUUGGUGGAAAUCCAGUUACAAUAAUUAGUAAUCAGGUUGAUGUAAAGCUUACUAAAAUCAAGCAAAAGUGUCCACUCUAUGAAUCAAAUGGUCAAAUUGUUCCAAAAGAUAAAGAUGAGCUUGUUGAGCGUGAAUUUAAUCGUUUGUUGGAAUCCACAUCAUAUCUCUCUCAUGUUCUUGGCUUUAAUUCAUUGUUUACUAAACCAUUAUCUUUGGGAAAUGCCAUAGAGUUGGUUAUAAAAUUAAUGGAAAAACAAGUUAAAGAAAAACAAGUGGAGCAUGCUAAAAAGCUGUUGGAAACACAAAACAAUUUAAAAGAAGUGAAUAGCGAGUUAAUAAAGCUUACAGAAAAUAUAGAGUCUUUGCAUAAAGAAUGGACAGAUUUGAUACAAGCUAAAAAACCUCCAAGAGAUGUCACUGAUGAAUUUAUUGUAAGAAGCAAGCAAAGAGAUUUACUAGCUUUACAUAGGGAGCAUGAUUCAUUAUCUGAUAAAAAAAAAGAACUCAACUUAAAAAUUAAAGACUUAGAACAAAAUACACCCAGUGAUGUCUAUUUAUCACUACGCGACCGCCAAAUUCUUGACUGGCAUCUUGCUAACCUUGAGUUUGCAAAUGCCACACCACUUUCUCAACUUUCUCUUAAACAUUGGGACCAAGAUGAUGAUUUCGAAUUUACAGGAAGUCAUGUUACGGUUAGCAAUGGUUUUUCUUGUGUGCCAGCAGCACUUGCAGAAGGGCUUGAUAUCAGAUUGAAUUGCGCUGUACGAAACAUUAAAUACACACGACAAGGUGUAGAAGUUGUGGGUUCAUACCUCAAAAACGGCCUACUUGCAACUCAUGUAUUUAAAGCUGAUGCUGUCUUGUGCACACUCCCUCUUGGAGUUUUAAAACAAUGUUCUCCUCCUGCUGUUUAUUUUAAUCCUCCCCUUCCAGACUGGAAAACUGGUGCUAUUGAAAGAAUGGGAUUUGGCAAUUUAAAUAAGGUUGUUCUGUGUUUUGAUCGUGUAUUUUGGAAUCCAGAAACCAAUCUCUUUGGUCACGUAGCAAGUGCAACAGCUAAUCGCGGUGAAUUGUUUUUAUUUUGGAGCAUAUACAAAGCACCUGUCCUACUAGCAUUAGUUGCCGGAGAAGCUGCUAACAAAUUAGAAACUUACUCUGACGAUGUUAUAGUCGGAAAAUCGAUAACCGUACUAAAAGAGAUUUUUGGAAAUAACAAUGUUCCUCAGCCAAAAGAAACAGUUGUUACAAGAUGGAAAUCCGAUGAGUGGUCCCGUGGAUCAUACUCUUAUGUAGCAGCUGGAUCUUCCGGCAACGAUUACGAUGUUAUGGCUGCACCUGUCGCCCCUCCUCCUACGCCUGGUCUUCCAAAUUUUCCGGGUUCGAAUGUACCUCGAGUUUUCUUUGCUGGAGAACAUACAAUACGAAACUAUCCUGCAACUGUCCAUGGCGCUUUGUUGAGUGGAUUACGCGAGGCUGGGCGUAUAGCAGACCAGUUUUUAGGACUACCCUACGAUUUAAACAAGUUUGCGACACAAAACCAAGCUAGAUAGAUGUCAGAAUAAUAAAACGUUAACACUCAUCUGUAUGUAAUAGUUUCGUACUGCUUUGCAGUCUUAUUACUCCUUCAUACUCUGGUUAUUUUAACCGUUAUGUUUUCUGAAUUUAUGUAUUUUAAACAGUUGUCGAAAUUAUUAUUUAACUAUAUUUAAAUUUAAUUUAUUAUGUCAAAUUAAAUUGUUUUGUUUUUAUUA